AUGCCAUCUGAUAAGGACCGCAAAACACUUCAACAACGAGUGCUCACUGCCACUGCAUAUUUCCUUCAUAUCAUUGGGGCUGCUGCCAUGCUCUACCAACAAGCCAAUUACUGGAAACAACCCUACCACACAUCAGCACUGACAGGGCAAGCAUGGGUCGACGAACUUAUCAACGGGCACCCUGAUCGAAUUUUUAACAAGCUCGGGAUGCGUCUACAUAUACUUCCAGAAAGUUCUCAAUGCAGUGUCAUCUGGCCCUUCUAUGACCUAUAUGUCAAGCUUCCUGAUCUCUUGACUCCAAUCCCUGAUUACAUUCUUACCAACUCCAAAUUCUUCCCAUACUUCAGGAGUGCAUUGGGUGCUCUUGAUGGGACUCAUAUCAACGCAUUCACUUCAGCUGCUGACCGGCAUGCCUCUCAUGAUUGCAAAGGAGGGAUUACCCAAAACUGCCUUGCAGCAUGCUCCUUCGACUUUCGUUUCCUCUACAUCAUCACUGGAUUUGAAGGAUCAGCUGCCAAUGCAACCAUGGAAAAUACUACAUUGCGGAUGCAGGGUUUGCAAUUUGUGAUACGCUAUUGGUUCCCUAUCGUGGAGUUUGCUACCAUCUUGCUGAAUGGGGCUGAGCAGGAACCCGCCAAUAAGGAAGAGCUUUACAACCUCCGUCAUGCACAGGCACGGAAUGUUGUUGAGCAUAUCUUUGGUGUUCUAAAGAAAUGCUGGGAUAUUCUCAACCGACCACCUCAGUAUGACCUGUCAAUUCAGGCAAAGAUACCUGCUGGACUUGGUUCAGUCCACAACUUCAUCAUGGACCACGAUGAAACUGAUCUAGAACAUUAUCUUGACCAGGAACCUACUCCAGAAAAUAACACAUCAACAGGAGCACUCGGGGAUGGUUCGAUCUCCUGUGUAGAGAGGGCCAGAGCAACAGCAUUGAGGGAUGAGAUUGCAACACAAAUGUGGAAUGACUAUCAACAAUUUCUAUGUGAGCACCCAGAGGUGCUUGAGGAGAAUUUUGUUCCAGAGAAUGAGUAG